AUGUUUCAUUUAGCCAGAAGUUUGUACACGUCGUACACGCGCAAAGACGAGUACUCUGUGCUGAUUCUUGGUCUGGACAAUGCGGGCAAGACUACUUUCCUGGAACAGCUGAAAUCGAUCUAUGUGCCGAAUUAUAAGCAGCUGCGGCCGGAAAGAAUCCUCCCCACUGUUGGCCAGAACGUGGGGACGAUCACGGUGAACGGCGUGCUACUCAAGUUCUGGGACGUUGGCGGCCAGGACAGUUUACGGGAAUUAUGGUCUGAAUACUACGCGAAUUCGCACGCUGUUGUGUUUGUGAUCGACUCCUGUGAUAGAGACAGGCUGGUGGAAUGUUCCAACGUGCUGACAGGAGUCAUGAGCAACGAGUUGAUGGAGGGGCUUCCGAUUCUGAUGCUGGCCAAUAAACAGGACCGAGAAGACGAAACAAAGCUCGAACUUGUGGAUAUCAAGGAGAUCUUUAACCCGAUUGCAGAAACUCUAAACGCCAGAGACUCGCGUGUAUUACCGGUUAGUGCAAUCACCGGUGACGGGGUGAAAGACGCCAUUGAUUGGCUCUACAUCAGACUAAUCCGCAACAAGACCAAUAGACCUCCGAUAAAACAUUGA